AUGGCCUCUGAAUACACUGCAGAGGACUAUGCCCGGUGGUACGCUUGGCAACAACAGCAGCAGCAGUCGGCAGGCGGUUCCAGUGGAGCAGUGGAUCCCUCCUUCGCCUAUCCCCAAUACGACGGCUCGUCUGCUUCUGCGUCUACCUCUGCUUCGGCCCAACAUCAGGCUGCAGUGACCUCCUACUACCCCUCGGAAGCCAUCACGGGAGGGUACGAUGUAGAUUUGGCAGCUCAGCAGUCGAUCUAUACGCCAGAAGCUGCCCGAUCGUUCGUCACAUCCAACAAGUAUACCAAGGCCAUGAAGGGCAAGGCGAGAACGACGGUGUUGAGAAAGGGCGCAGGCGAAGUCUGGGAGGAUCCUUCGCUCAUGGAGUGGGAUCCGGCUCAUUUCAGACUGUUCAUUGGCGAUCUGGGUAACGAUGUCAAUGACGAGACCUUGCUCAAGUCGUUUGGCAAAGAAGCCGGGUAUCCUUCGUUUGUGAAGGCCAAGGUCGUCAGAGAUAAAACGACGAUGAAGACAAAGGGCUUUGGCUUUGUGAGCUACUCUGAUCCGGACGACUUCUUGAAAGCCUGGAAGACCAUGAAUGGCAAGUACGUCGGUUCUCGACCGGUCAAGAUCACAAAGGCGACGACGCAAGUACGAGCGGUCGACAUUGGCGCAAGGAAAGCUCGAGAGAUUGAGAACAACGGGAAGAAGACGCACAUCACAGGCAACAAGUUUGUCGGGCGUGGCUCCGGUGUCGCUGUCUCUCAUGGCAACUACAAGCCCGUCAUUCGACGAUGA